AUGAAAAAUAAUUUAAAUAUUUCACCUGAAAGUCACCCUGCAAAUAAGAUCGAUAGCCUCGUUGAGCGUAAUAAUCAAGUACUGGAGAGAGCGCGGGCGCUUGCGAACAGUACUCCAUCUAGGACACCAUCACGAGCAUCGAAUAAUCACGCUUCUUCCCCUUUCUCUCCUUCACCGCUAUCAGCCUCUGUUGCUUCAUCGAGAACAUCAUCUGCCCCGAGAUCUAAUUUUGACAUGCGCUCGAAAGCAUCUUCACAGACUACGCCUUCCAAUCGUCUAAGUAUUUCCAGUUACGCUAAGUCGCGUCGCGCUCAAAGUCCGCCAAAGGAAAAUGAAGGUUCUAAAAGCAGCUCAUUCAAAAGGCGCAGCAGAAUUCCGCGCGAUUUCUUUGACCAAGAGUCCCCGUCGUCCAGGAUUACAAGAACAAGAUCGAAUUCGAUCGCGUCACGUACUUCAUUCGAUAGUCCAGAAAGGGUAAGACCCUCGAGUCGGGUAACUACUAGAACCAGUAUGGGUACAUCAGCUCCUGAUACGUUCCAGCCUUUUCCUGCUUCAACCACGUCACAUACUUCACAUACACCUCUGCCACCAUCCACGUCCUCAAACUACAGACGUCAGGUGGUCUCGUCGCUCAACGACUUGGAAAGUGGUCGCUCUCCUUCAAUUAACAGUCGCCCUGUCCGACACAGUACAUCCACUUCGCUUGAGGGUGCGAAAGAUGGUAUAUCGCGCAAUUCACGUUUCAACAACAGACCUUCCCUCGGCGGAUCAGAGUUCAGACCAGCCACGUCGAUGGCCUUCUCUUCUUCAGCUGACAGUCAGUGGUCACCUCAAAAUCACCGUCCACCUCCAUUGACAAGGGGCUUAAGUCGCUCUUCGAAUCAUUUGCGGUCUCAGUCUGCGCUAGAUUUCUCACCAGAUCGACCAGUUCCGCUUUCAAGAUCGAAGAACAGAUCGCCGUUGUUAGAAAAUCAUGAAAUUUUGCGCUCUCCUACGAAACUCACUCCGGCGUCAUCUAAAAGACUUGAGACACUAGCCAACUCAUUAAAGUCUCUUCAAAUGGGAUUGUCGAGACUGGAUCUAGCAUCAUCAGAUGAGGCAGACAACAGUGCUAGUCUCUCUGUGAAGAACAUGUCAAAAGCGUCCGAGAACAUUCACAAGUUGCACGCGCAAGCGCUAGAGUUUUUACUAAGAGCGGAAACUGAGAAUACGCUUUUCUCAAAUCCGGAAAAUGUGGAAGAUUGUCGCCUUCUGCACGACCACGCAAAGAAUGCACAGAGAGCAGCAGACGAAUUAGUGCGCGACCUGACAGACACUCUUGUAGGAAUGUCACGUCUGGUAAGAGAUUUAAGUGGUUCACAGAGCCCAUCCAAGACACCAAACCACAGUCGGGCAUCUAGCGUUAAUGCUUUCGUUCCUCAAGAACAGCCUUACAGGAGUCGUCUGGAUGAUAUACGCUCGCAUAGACCUAAUAGCACCACUAUGGAAAGCAGACGGUCUAGCUUUCACUCCAACGCUACUUCGCCUUCACCAGAUAGCGAAAACGCAUCGCGUCUGGGUUACCGUCCUCGCAGUAUUUACCUCUCUAACCACCACAGGUCCGUGUCAGGCAGCUCGACCAACACUAUUAAAAAUUCAUACGAUGCUGAGGUAGAUACUAUCCGACCAUCGCCUCGGAUGUCGUCGCCGGAGAAGUUGCCAUCUGAGUCAGGCUCAGGCUCAUCGUUGGAGAGACGGCCAUACAGUCGGAUGAGCACGAUGGAAGGACAACCAUCAAUUGUGAGGUCACUGGGCAAAUCAGCAACUACAGCUGUAACGAGGGAGAAUGCGCACAGGAGAUUAGUACAGGAGGAUGAAUUGAAGGAGAAGGAGGAGAGGAGAAGAAGUCACAGACGGUCAAAACCAUCACUGUCGAGAAUCUGGCCGUGGAACAACAAUUCAUACUAA